UUUUCUUCAUAUUAUUAAAAGCACAUCUUUCCCUUUACUGGACAGAUGUGAAGGACAUGCACAUGUAUCGAAACUAUCUUUAACACAAUAUUACAUUCUGUACAUCAGAGUGAGUCAGGUUUAUGUUAAAUGCAAUUAAUAUCCAGAUGCUUUCGAGUUUUACACGUCUGUUUCUGAGCAAUAUGAACAAAGAAGCAAGAAAAAAAAAAGUCACUUCAUUUCCCAGCAUGCUCCGGGGCAGGGCAUGCCUGUGAUGUCACAAUAAGUAUAUAUACGGCUUCAGGGAAGAAUUUCUUCCUCCAUUGUUACAUUGUAACAAACGGGGCCGGGGCGACAGCGAAACGGGGAGAAACGCGUCUUCUCGUUACAACAUUUGCAACAUUUUGACACCAAUCUUAAGAGAAAAAAAAGCAACCACAUUCCGCGUUAAUGCGAGACAACAGCGAAAUAAGCACCGCCGACUGAACCCGCCCCGGCGAGAAAAGAAGGAUAAACGAACACAGAUGUCAGCGGAUUUCUCCAUCGCAAGCUAAUUUCUUUUUUUUUUACAUCAGGAAGAUAAGACAUUCGGCUCAUUUACGUUAUUCACGUUGCACCGAAAAUGUUGGGAAGUGAAUCGCAUAUGACGUUCCCCUCUUUCUUCAGUCUGUCCUUUAAAUAGAUAGGCAUGCAACAUUUACAUAAAGCACGCAGGUCUAACAGACAGCCCCUGCUUUCUCUCUCCGCGACAUAUCAGUGUGCAGAACAAUGAGCAUGGAGCCCAAGUAGCCUAAUUUAGUCCGAUUUAAGGGUUGCACAUUGACAGUCACGCAAGCUUUCGGCCAGAUUAUUUUGGGUAACCGUUGCACCACGGUUGCAGUCUGGAUACUCGGUUUUGACACCAAAAAAAAAAAAGCAGCUCAUAGGGCGUUGAAAGAUUGAUGUGCAGCUAACAUUGGAAAAGGGAAACUACCUACGAGUUGGUUGGAAUAAGGGUCCCUGUUUCUGCCCCAGACACCAAGUUUCCAUGGAGGCAGGUUCGUCCCUCAGCCUCAAACGAAGAUAUGAAGAGGUGGACCACAGCUCUCCAUUCUCCACACCGAAAGACUCCGACGAUGACAUCUCCAGCAGCGACAGCGCUGAUAGCUGCGACAGCCUCAACCCCCCUUCCAGCACUGCAUUUACCCGUAAGGAACAGCAGGAGACAAACGUUAAAGCCACCUCCAUCCUCAGACAGCACAAGCCGUCACCGGGGGGGAAACGGGUACGUUUUGAUGUGGUGACGGUGUAUUACUUCCCCCGGCGGCAGGGAUUCACCAGCGUGCCCAGCCAAGGGGGCAGCUCUCUGGGCAUGGCCCGUCACCACUCCUCCAUCAGGCACUACACGCUGGGCGAGUUCGCCCGCGAACAGGAAACAAGCCACCGGCACACGUUACGCCAGCACCUGCGCCAAGAGAAGCUCAACGCCCGCAAGAUGAAGCUGACGAGGAACGGCACGGUGGAGUGCGCUCAGGCAGACCUGCUGACUCUGGAGGACGUAUCGGACGAGGACCUCGACGUGGACGGGGUGGAGGUGGACGACUGUUUCUUCCUUCAGCCGCUGCCCACAAAGCGCCGCCGAGCCCUCCUGCGGGCCUCCGGCAUCGCCCGCAUAGACGCCCGGGAGAAAGCUGAGCUCAGAACCAUCCGCCUCUCGCGGGAGGAAUGCGGCUGCGACUGCCGCUUGUACUGCGACCCUCGCCACUGUGGCUGCAGCCAGGCUGGCAUUAAGUGCCAGGUGGAUCGAAUGUCAUUCCCGUGUGGCUGCUCUCGGGAUGGCUGCGGCAACGUAGCGGGCCGCAUCGAGUUCAACCCUCUACGUGUCAGAACUCACUACCUGCACACCAUCAUGAAGCUGGACCUGGAGAAAAGGAGGAUGCUGAUACAAGGUACAGGGGACCAGUACACUGAAUCUGACCAGAUGUCCUCCCCCUCCUCCACUUGCCCCACUUCUCCGGCCCUGUCCUCGGCCGCUGGCCUGGACUCUGAGCUGGAGGAGAGCGAGGUGCAGACAGUGGUGGAGGUUCAGGAUCUCCUGGCAGAGCAGGACAUUCUGGAGCGGGAAAACGAGACAGCCGUAUUGCACCUGCAGAGCGCGGAGGAGCAGGAGAGGAGGGAGAGGGAGGAGGCUGCGGGGGAGACAGUGCAGCAGGAGCUGGGCGCUGGAGGGCUCGCGGAGCAGCGUCUCUGCCUCCUGCCUGGUGCUUUGGGAGGGGAGCUGCCCGAGCAGGCGGAGGUGCCGGGUGUGGAGCAGGUCCUCCUGCAGGGGCCGUUCCCCACGGGGGCCACGGUCCUCUGCAUCACUGACAACCAGGAGGAGAGUCCCUCUGACCUCCUCAAAGACUCCACGUCUCUGCUCUACUAUCAGCUCAGUCCCAUAGAGCCUGGAGACUUUGAGACCCCGCCCAGAGAUUCAGGAGGAGACAACCGGAAACAAGGAGGAGGAGAGGAGGAGUCAAAGCAUGAUAAGCCUGAAGAGAUCAACUGCAGGCAGAGUUUAGGCAAGUCUGUGACCAAUGUGAUUCUGUGCUCGGAGGAAUGCAUGGCAGCAGUGGAGGAGAGGCCCUCGAGUCCCCAGCAGAGCCUCCCCGAAAUGCAGUGCCAGCGGGAGUCGUGCUUGGAGGGAGAAGUAAAUCCACCGCCUCCUGAAGUUUAGUUCUAGCUUCUCUGCAGAUAUUUUGCACAAUAGCUUCAUCUAAGAUGAAAAAAAAAAAAAAAAAUACAUGUUUCACAUUUAUUACUGCUAUCAUCAAGAAUUAUUACAGGUUGCAAUCUCUUGUAGUGACUGUCAUUGGAUUAUGUGGAGCAUGAGGGAAGGGGGGAUGCUGAAAGCACAUACAGAUCACUCCCCAGAAGUAAUAUGGAUGCAGUUACAAGGCAACAGUGAACAUAAUUCUGUUGGAGGGUGAUGGAUGCGGCCUUAAUGGAAAAAAACAACAUGAAAACACUUGUGUGUAGGAGUCAUUUGUCGAUGAGAAAGUACAGCAAGUAGGGCUUUGUUAAUUUCCAACGUAGCGAACAGAAAAACACAAUGUAUGAAUGCUGACAUAAGCCUUUUGUUUGAUGAUGUAUAACACUAUCAACACUAAACACUUACUUUUUUUGCAGCACGCAAGAAGCUGGUAAAUUCAGGGCUCGACAGUUAAGGGUCGCCAGGUUGCAUUUGGCGGCCAUUUUGAGAAAUUUGAAACCAAUUCUUAACCUGUAAAAAAUAAGGAUAACAAACAGCCAAACGUGCACCCACGAAUACACAUUUGUUAAUAAUAUUUGUUGAAUUUGUGAUAUUCAAAUAUUGCUGUUACAGUCAGAACCACUUUGCAAGUGCACAGUCAUCUCUUUAAGAGACGAUGAUUGACUGUGAAAAGUCUGACGAACCCAUCGACAUCACUAAUGAGUUACUGAUAAAGAACCAGGCGAAGUAUCCCAGCAUCUUUGAGCUGGACCGAGAAUUAUGCUGCAAAGCAUGAAGUCCUCUAACUCACAAACAUACUGAGGUGGAGGCUGUGAGAGCUGGCGCAGCCAUUGGUGAGCCGAUGAACCGCCAUUCGCUAGAUUUUCAUUAUUAAGCUGACGUGUAACUUCAUCGUAUCUUCUACUCAAAAUAUCAAAUAUGGUAACCAUAUUUCCAGUUUCGGUAACCAAAAGCUGCUUUCACAGUUAAGUGUUGAGCCCUGUAAUUCAGAAACCUACUGGCUCACUUUCCACUGUGGCAAACAUGUGCCAUCAAGCCAAAUGAAGGCCUCCGAUAGGAUCAUCUGUUGAAAAUAGACCUAAUAAUCCUGGAAAUACUUGUUUUUGUGUACUGUAUAUGUGUUUGCAAUGUGCAAGACAGAGCCGAGGUUGCUGCUUUUUUUUUUUUUCUAUCUGCACGCACAUUGUGAACUGAGGGCCGCGGGUGUUGUGGCUCUGCUGUAAUGAAGGUAAACCAACACAGAGCGGCAGACUAACACUGGCCUUAGUUGUUGCUCUUGCUCACCUCGGGCUGCUUGUGCAAAUGCAGUCGAUAUCUGUCAAAAACCUAGUUUACCUGUAGUUACAAUGCCUAUGAUAUAACUUAUCAUUUCUUUGAGUAACAUGUCUUUUGUGGAUUAGAUACUGUCGGUUUGAAGUCCUCACAGUCUUUAUCUUUGAGUGAAAAGAAACCUCUUUCACAGGCUACUGCUACACUGUAAAACCAUGUGUAUAUACAUGUUGUGAUGAAAUGCCAGAAUAGAUCUUCCAAGUCCUCUCCUUUUUUAAUAAGUUAUACUGUAAGGAAGAGAUGAAUCAAGUCAAAGUCAAAAGAAAAUAGCAUUUAAAGAGUCAAAGAAAGUAAUUAUACAAAAUGAUGUGAUGUUGCUAAUUUAUGAAAACAACCUGCAUUUGUAUAUUUUAUGUUUAACCUGUACAGUGUGUGUGUACUUUACAUUAGUGUGUCUUAAGUGAGAGAGAAAGUU